CCACCAUCCGAUCAGAAAUUCUCCUUCUAUUCGUUUUUCCUCAACAAAAAUCAUUUCAAAAUCUCACUUUAUUUACUCUCUCUCCAACGUUCUUCCUCAACACUCUCAGAUCUCUCUCACUCUCUCCCCCAAACCCUAAAACACUUUCAGCCAAAAAGAAAACAAAUAAACACUUAACUUUCACUUGAAAACGAAGCUUCCCUUUCAAAAUGCCGUUCAUUUCUGACACGGCGAGCGCGAUCAAGAGCCGUUUCGGCUUCCAUAACCGGACCUCUUCCUCCGAGUCGGCCUCCUUGUUGUCGGUACGUAGCCCGCCGGAUCUUCUGGUGAAAUCGGCGGUGAGGGAUAAUUCCAGCAAUUUCACUGCCGCCACCUCUGCAAUUCGGAGCAUCCGUGAGUGGGAAGAUGGUUUGACUGGAAGUACUGAACCAGCACCGCAGUCACAGAGCUUUGAGUUCCGUGAAGACCCUUCUUUUUGGAAGGACCACAAUGUGCAGGUUAUCAUCAGAAUUCGUCCCCUUAGUAGUUCUGAAAUUUCACUACAAGGCAACAGCAAGUGUGUUAGGCAAGAAAGUUGUCAGACAAUUACUUGGACGGGGCAUCCAGAAUCUCGUUUUACAUUUGAUCUUGUUGCUGAUGAACAUGUUAGCCAGGAGGGUCUGUUCAAAGUAGCUGGAUUGCCCAUGGUGGAAAAUUGCAUGGGAGGUUACAACAGUUGCAUGUUUGCAUAUGGCCAAACUGGAAGUGGGAAGACUCACACAAUGCUCGGAGACAUCGAAGGAGGCACUCGUAGGCAUAGUGUCAAUUGUGGGAUGACACCUAGGGUGUUUGAAUACUUAUUUACAAGAAUACAAAAGGAGAAAGACACUCGUAAAGAUGAGAAAUUAAGAUUUACUUGUAAAUGCUCGUUUCUGGAAAUCUAUAAUGAACAAAUCCUUGAUCUUUUAGAUCCAUCAUCAACCAAUUUACAGAUAAGAGAAGAUAUGAAAAAAGGUGUUCAUGUUGAGAAUCUUAAGGAGAUAGAAGUUACAAGUGCACGGGAUGUGAUUCAACAGCUCAUUCAAGGUGCAGCAAAUAGAAAGGUGGCUACCACUAACAUGAAUCGUGCAAGUAGUCGUUCUCACAGUGUAUUUACAUGCAUAAUUGAAAGUAAGUGGGAGUCUCAAGGUGUAACUCACCACCGUUUUGCCCGACUUAAUCUUGUUGAUUUAGCAGGCUCAGAAAGGCAGAAGAGUUCUGGGGCCGAAGGUGAACGCCUCAAGGAGGCUACUAAUAUUAACAAGUCUCUUUCAACAUUGGGACUUGUGAUAAUGAACCUUGUAAAUAUUUCCAAUGGGAAGUCUCUUCAUGUUCCUUAUAGAGAUUCAAAGCUCACUUUUUUGCUUCAGGAUUCUCUAGGAGGGAAUGCAAAAACAACCAUAAUUGCAAAUAUUAGUCCAGCUAAUUGUUGUUCAUUGGAGACACUAAGUACAUUGAAGUUUGCACAGCGGGCUAAAUUUAUUAAGAACAAUGCAGUGGUAAAUGAAGAUGCAUCUGGAGAUGUUGUUGCUAUGAGACUGCAAAUUCAACAGCUGAAGAAAGAAGUAUCUCGUCUACGAGCUUUUGUUAAUGGCAAAAGUGAAAAUCUGGAUAAUGAUAACUUGGCAUCAAGCAUUCCAGCAUCACCUGGGCCCUUUAAAUGGGAAUGCCCUCCUGGAUCAUUCAGUCCACUUACAUCUGAUAAAAGGAUGUCUCAGAAAAAAGAUUAUGAAGUUGCUCUUGUUGGGGCCUUCAAGAGGGAAAGGGAGAAAGAAGCCGCUUUACAAGCACUGACUGCUGAAAACCAGGCAGCUAUGCAGUUGGCAAAACAAAGAGAAGAUGAGAUCCAAAGUUUGAAAAUGAGGUUAAGGUUUCGAGAAGCAGGAAUUAAGAGGCUGGAGGCUGUUGCUUCUGGAAAGAUAUCUGCUGAGGCACACCUACUAAAAGAGAAGGAAGAAUAUUUGAAGGAAAUUGAGGUUUUACGAGCUCAAGUUGAUCGCAACCAAGAAGUCACUAGAUUUGCACUGGAGAAUUUGCGACUGAAGGAAGAGAUUAGAAGAUUGAAGUCCCUUUGUGAUGAAGGCCAAGUGGAGAUGAUGAAUGAACAGAUCAAGGCAUUACACAAUAAGUUGCUAGAGGCACUAGAUUGGAAACUUAUGCAUGAGUCAGACUCCUUAAUGAAUGAGAAAACAAAAUCUAAAGGGUCAGGAGUUAAUGAUGAUCUUAAUGAACUGAUCUCUAGUCAGGAGCAGGAUUCAGCUUGGGGCUCUAACCUUAAGGAGGAAAACGAAUUCCUUAGAAUGCAGGCAAUUCACAACAAGGCGGAAAUGGAUGUACUCCAGAAAAAACUUGAAUUUUGUCUUGAUGAGAAGGGAGAGUUAGAGAGGUAUGUCAGUGAGCUACUUAACAAGCUUGAAGAAGAACGGUCUUCAAGAUUGGAGAAAGAAGCAGUACAGCAAACAGUGGUUCGUUCAUCACCAGCAGAUGUGCCAACUAUCAAACUUAAUGACCAACUGGAGCUUAAAACAAUGGUUGAUGCCAUAGCGGCUGCAAGUCAGAGAGAAGCUGAGGCUCAUGAGAGAGCAUUUAAGUUGUCUCAGGAGAACGAAGAAUUACGAUCAAAGCUUAAGAGCUAUGUUGAGGAUAACAAGCAGCUCCUUGAAUUAUAUGAACAGAAUGCUGCUGAAAGAAAUUAUAAAGGUUCAAAUGAAGGUGAAAUUAAUGAAAAUGACACUACGGACCACACUGAUGCUGCUUUACAUGAAAAUUGUGAAGAAAAACAGGUCGAGUUGAAGAAAGUUGUUGAUAACCUCGAGCAACAGCUAACGGAAAUGCAUGAAGAAAAUGAAAAAUUGAUGGGUUUGUAUGAAAGAGCAAUGCAGGAGAGAGAUGAGUUCAAAAGAAUGUUUUCUUCUUCAGGAACUCCAAACAGAAUGGAGCCUAGAGAAUUCGAAUGCCCUGAAAAGCUAGUUGAAGUUGAUGGAGGGGAAGACAGCUUGGAUAAACCUCAUGUCCAGUUUGACUCAAAGGAUUUAGAGGGUGGAACUGCUCCCCUUUGCUCACUUAUGCAGGAUGCAGGUGAAAGUCUAGAGUUGAAUAUGCUUGGUGCUAUUGAAGUGAUCCCAAGUGUGAAAGAUGUGCAUUCCGAUCUUCAAUCAGAAGCAGGGAAUUACAUGGAAAUAGACCAAGAUGCUACUGCUGCAAAGUUGUCAGAAGAUUUAAAUUCUGCUAGAGCAAUUCUGAAACAGGCACUUGAAAAGCUUUCAUAUUCCGCCAAGACAGUUAACGAAUUUUGUUCCCUUGAGAAAUCAUUCUGUGAGAUUGAUAACCUUUCCAGAGAAAUAGAAGUAACAGAAAGUGGGAUAGAGGAGAAACAACGACACCUUGAAUCUGUUGCAAUCAUUUCUUCAGAAACAAAAGAAAGAAAAGCUUUAACUGACAGCAAGUUAUCAGCACUCAAAUACUCUCUUUCAAACUUUUCUUCUUCGGUUGCUUACUUCGAACAGCGAGAAGCUCGAGCAAGGAUGAGAUUAAAUGCCUCAUUGUCAUACUUGGAUAACAAGAAAGACGAACUAGCCAAUCUUAAGAAGUCAAAGGCGGAAAUCGACGUGUUGUUGAGUAAGAUACGGGAAUCUGAAUCCGCAACAAGGAGCAACAUUGUGUUGUUGAAAUCAAAACUUGAGGAAGAAAGUAAUAGACAAGAGAAUGACAAGAUUUUAUUUGCCAUUGAUAACUUGGAUAAAGUUGACCCCUCCCAGAGAAACUUAUGUUUAGGUGGCAAAGCUACUGAGUUACUGAAGACUGAAGAAGAGAAAAGCAAGCUCCAAAAUGAGAUCAAGUCAUCACGUGAAAGCUUGGCAGCCAUUAAAAUGAGAUUCCAGGAUUUGAACAAGAAACUGAUGAAGGUAGAAAAAGACAUGGAAGGUGUUUCAAUGGAAAUACAGAAAGGAUCAAAGUCAGUGGAGGAAUUGAAGUUUGCCAUGGAAAGUGCAAUCCAAGAGAAAAAUACCCUCCUCGAAAUUGCAGAGAAUGGGAAAGCUGAAAUCGAUAACUUGAUCUUGGAAUACCAGCAGAGUAUUUUUUAUGUGGAUCUGACAGAAGCGGAGAUGAAGGCCAUUGAUGAAGAAUUGAAGCUUGAGUCAAGGAGAUUAGAACAGCUACAAAUAAUGAGAGCCACAUCUGGCAAGAAGGUAGAGCAAUGGUUGUCUCAUUCAGGUUUGUUAUCCGAAAAACUGGGAGCAGAAUUACAAAGUGUUUGGGCAACUUUCGAGGAGGCUAAGAGUUUGUUAGAAUCGGAACAUUGAAGUGUCUGUUAAAUCCUUGUUUUUAACAGGCUCCUGAUAUUUUCCACAUUAAUUCACAACUCAAAAUCCUGUGAAAUAUGCGUGCAAUUUCUGGUGUAAUUAACUAUUCCAUCUCGUUGAUGUACUUGUUUGUAUUUUAAUUAUAUACUAAUUGCUAUUCCCUUUCUAAGGGUAUUCUGAAGA